GAUCAGAUCGUCUUUUUCUCUCUCUCUCUCUCUCUCUCUUUCUCUCUCUUUCUUUCCGCCUGGCUGACGCGGCACACCGGUAUUAACUCCAUUUGCGUAAGCGUUUCGCAGGUUGCUCGCGAGAGUCUCGGCACCGGGAGCGGCGCGGAUAAGAAUCGACCGGAUCGCGAUAACGAGAUUGAGCGAGAUAAUCUCGGGAGGAUCGGGACGACGAUAUUACCUGUCCUGCGUUCCUCAGUUGUUCCUUCACCUACGUGACGGAACUAAGUGUCGCGCGAACGGCUCCGAAUUAUAAAUAACAACAUCGUCAUCGUUAUGAACCGAGAUUUCCGGUUGCCUCGUUGCUGAGCAUCGUUCCAAAAUAUUUUUUGACGAACACACAGAAUUACAGAUUUAUAUUUUUUUCUCCCGACUGGUGAAUGACGACUGAAGAGCGAACCUGAAGCAAGAUGCAAACUCGACAGAUCCUGAGCGUGUUUCAUCGCUUGUUAGAACUGAUUGUGAGAGGGAUAUCACUGUUAAUUGCCUUUGUCAGAGGACCGGCGGAAUCUCAACCACCUAUCAAAGAUUUAACUCUGUUGCACAGCGCGACUGCUUUAGCGUUAAAAAUUCGAAACCGACAGUUAACUUCGGAAGAUGUAGUAUCUUCGUACAUAGAAAGAAUAAAAGAAAUACAACCAAUACUCAACUGUGUAGUAGCGGAACGCUUCGAGGAAGCGUUGAAAGAAGCGAGAAAAUGCGACGAACUGUUGAAAUCACAGGACGCCCCGUCCGUGGAGUUUCUGGCCAAGGAAAAACCAUUAUUCGGUGUGCCCUUUACCACCAAAGACUGUAUCGCGAUCGAAAACAUGCAGCAAACGGCCGGUUUAGUUAUUCGUAAAAACACCGUCGUUGAGAAAGAUGCAGAUGUGAUAAGGUUAAUGAGGUCAGCUGGGGCCAUACCUCUGGCGUUGACAAAUGUUUCAGAAUUGGCAAUGUGGUGGGAAAGCAGUAAUUGUCUAUUUGGCGUCACCAAGAAUCCUUAUAACACAAGGUGCGAUAUGUCACGUUAUGUCAUUAUUGAUAUAAUGCAGUGUAAUCAAUUCACAUCAUGAUAUAUAUAUAU